AUGACACAAAAUGUGGUCUCGCUUUUCAGUGUUACGCUACAAGUGUUCAUUAUCUUAUGCGUGGAUGUUAUCGGAGUCCGGGGGUUCAAAUACCAUGAAUUCUGCGCCACGCCGCCUACAGAUAUGAAAACCAGAUUUCCACUGUAUCGCCUUGAAGUGGAUACAAAGAUCGACGGGGUUCCUUGGGCAUACCGACAGAAUCACACACUGACAGUCUCAGUGAAGGCGCUCUACCAGAACUUCCCCAUCAAGCAAAUAUUCAUGUCGGUCCCAUCCAUGACCAAAGCCACAACAGAAGUCCCAGCAAGGAAGAUCCAUCUCGGAGAGUGGAAAUGGGAUAUGAAGGGCGGAAUGAUACCGGUUGAUUGCUCCAACGCUACUGGAGGAAUCGGCAACGGCGCCAAUGCACUGAGAAAUCUGUGGUGGUACAGUGGCGGUUUCUAUAAUGUCACGGGACAGUGGGACCCGAUCAACACGAUUACUAACGCGUACAGCGUCGACAUGAUUCAAUUUGAGGUCUAUAUCUCACCUGACCCAGAGGAAACAUCGUCGCCAACAGGAACUUACAGCCCACCAUCUUCCCCCGCCAGAUGGGUAAAACUGGUUUCUGACAAAUACAUUAACUUGGAUUACAUUGAUCUUCAGCGAU